AUGGCGGGUCGGCUUGGCAAGACAGUGGAGCAGAUUGUGUUGCUGUUGCUGCGCGGCGCAUUCUUCUAUGUUGCGAGGCUGUACUUACGCCGUUCGCUGUUCCGAGACCUUCGCCAAGUCAUUCGCGACGAUCAGCUCAGCUCACAGCCACGUUCUCGAUCUGCGAAUGUUCAUAGCAAUGGAUCGCGAAGCGCGUUGCAGACACCCGACCUUGGGCGACGCAAGAGCGGCACCCAUGCUGUCUCACCUUACAGCGAUGACGGAUCUCCAUCGCCAAGCUCGCCACUCAAUGAUAGAGGCUUGCGGUCCUACCCUUGGAUGACUCCCAAUAUGUCCAGUGACCGCGCCGCUUCGGAUUCCCUCUUGCCCAUCUCGACGAGUACAUCAGGAUCCGUGACGCCCAUACCUGGCGAAGGAGGACGAGCCAAGUCUACACAAAGCAGAACAGUCAUGUCGCAGUUAUCAGACGGCGUGUUCUGCCUAUGCUUCUCGGAAAGCGCCACGUUAUUCGCGCUCGUUCUGUCGGGAAAUCUGUUUGACCAGCAGAUACUCUACUUCAACUGGACGCUUUCACUCGGCGCCUUGCUGCUAUUGAUUGUCGUGCUCAUCCCGCUGGCACUUUGCAUAUUGCUGACAUACCGAAGAACAAACAUACGUACUGCGAAUGCCCGUCAACUCAAAGUCACCGCCACGCUGACGCUCGUACCGUUUGUACUUUAUCUGUUCGCUUUCUUUAAGCUCGGUGAGAUGCUCGGCGAUGCUUUCGGUGUGCAGCCUGGUCAACAUACUUUUGGUGUCUUCAACUCGGUGCUGGAGCGGAUUUGCGUGCCUGGCGUCUUGCUCAUCGCUUCGCUGUCAGGCGCUGGCUGUGUCCAGACUGCUUGGGACGGUUACGAAUGGCGAGCGCGUUAUCGAGGGAUGGCUAUCAGCGAUCAGCAUAUCGUUGACGCGGAACGAUCUUUGCAGCACACCCGGAGAGAUCUCGCGGAAAGGAGGCAAGAGCUGGACGAAGCUGAAGAAGCAGCAGAACAGAGCGCCCCUCGCUCGCUUCUAUCGAAGCUAUGGAGUAGCGAUCCUGCCUCCUCGAAAUGCGCUGCGCUCAACGCGGAAGUGCAAGGCCUGUCUUCAAUGGAGUACCAAAUGUCACAGGACGUGCAUUCGAUGUACAAACGCAAGGAGGCGCAAGAGCUACAGAAGACACUCAAGGGCAAGCUUUGGGUGGCUACCAGCUGGCUAUUCGUCGUCUACUGUGUCUGGCGCGUCCUUGUGUCAAUCAUCAAUCUGCUUACACCAUCGAGCAACAAGUCUGGAGGGACUACCAAUGACUUCCUCACUUUGUUGCUGGCCAAGCUAGCCAGCGAAGUCAAUGUCGACCUCGACGUGCACGCAUGGAGUGCCUUGAUCGGUCUGGCGCUCAUAGGUGGCAUUCUUGUCGCCAACAUGCGAUACGUGCUCGUGGCGAUCUCGCGCGUCUUCAAGCGGACGAGCUCGGGCAUCAGUACCAGCUUCAUGACUCUGUUCCUCAGCCAACUGAUGGCGAUAUAUCUGAUUACGUCGAUGAUAUCACUUCCGUCGGCACAAGCGAGCGACACGGAUACGGCCACAUCUCAGCUUUUGGCUUCGUUACCAGAAAGCUCGACCUUCAGGCGCAUGUUCGAUCUCGUCCUGCUCAUAGCGGCCACGCUCACUUUUGCUGUCCGAUUUAUCGGUCGCAAGCUAACGACUGACGAUGAGUACAUGCUCGAAGGUCUUUCAUCGCACGUCUAA